GUUGGUUUGACCAAAAUUGGCCGCGGGAGGGGGCCAUAUAUGAGUGGGGCUGGGGCUGGAGCUGGCAUCCCAGCGGGCAACUGCAUCCGCAUCGUACCGCUGGGAUACAAGCAGUGGAAAGUAAAGCACCAAUGGGUUCCACACGCCCCAGGCCUCAAGCUCACCACCAAGCUGAUGGACCAGCGGAAGGAUCCCAGCGUUAUCGACCAGCUGGUGGCCUACCCCAAGGAUGACGAGGAUGCCUUAUGUUCGAAAGCUAGGGAAAAGGCCGAGAAAAUCUUGAAGACGAGAAGGGACAAAUACGAACAAUCACUGCAGCGCAGCAGCGGCGUGCGAAGAUGCGGCAACAUCGGCAGGAGGGCAGACAGCGAGAUGGGCUAUCCAGUAAGAGCGGCUUUGCCGCGGAAGACUCGUGCUGCCGUUACAAGGCCGACUGCUCCCGGUCGCCCCCCUGAGGAAGAGCCACCAGAGCAGUCGAGUGGAAUGACACCUCGCCAGCAUUCGUCGCGGCGAUGAGAGCGAUGACCACAACGGAGUUGUUGCGGUGUCUGGCAGAGCUAAAGGUGCCCGCCGCUGACAAGCUUCGAGAGCAGCUGGAGGAAGCGAGGGAGCUCCAAUCGGCAUGUCGUAAAGCCUCAAAGGAUGCCGCAAUCCAAGGGCGAACCAAAGAGGGAAGGAGAACACGUUGCUCACGGCUGUUGCGUACGAUGGAGACGGGCCUUCGAAGGUGACAGCCAAGCGCAAGUCCGAGAUCUUUGGCGUUCACCCAGAGCACCUCGUCGCCGCCCGACGGCGGGUGACAGCGCUGAGGCCUGAGCUCCCUCCACUUCAGGCAAUCGACGAGAAGGCGUACUACUUCCACUCCCGGACCAAGAGGAGCGACGCCGCGGAAACUCAUGCAUUCCAGACGUCAUGAAGAAGGAUUGGGAGUUGGCGAGGGGAACGGAGACGGGGAAGGUGGCGGGAACGGAGCUGGUUGUGCUCACGGCGAGGAAGGUUGGGGAGGAGGAAGA